GACAGAGUAAAAUUAGGGUUUAACCUUUUCAGUCUCAACUCCUUUUAUUCCUUUACUCUUCUUCUUCCUCUUUCUUCUUCUUUUCUUUAUCUACUUGACAUAGAUUUUUCCAGUACUUAAAGUCGUAUCCACAUGUGUUUCUGUGUCUCUUCUGCAACCAAAAAGAAAUAGUUAUAAUAAUUAAACUUUGUUCAAAUCAUAAAUAUACUCUUUCUUUUUUUUUUUUGGUGCAAAUGUUAAAUAAAUAAAUAAAUAUACUCUUUCAAUAAGCUGUUCAUAUAAAAACCUAUAUUAUAAUCUCGAUCUAGUUAUAUAUAUUGAGAUCACUCCCGUCUUUAUCAAAUUCUUCUUCUUCUCUUCCACUUUUAGUUCAGUCGAUCUGAUAUAACUCGGGUACCUUUGAUAUUUGUUUUUCACUUUUUGGGUCAUGUUUUAAAAAAAUAAAAAUCUGAGAUCAUUAAUUAAUCUCCAGCUCUACAUGUUAAGAUCAAUCUCAGCUGAUCAGAUGUCUUUCUCUUUCCAUUUUUAGUUUCAGUAGAUCUCGUGUAAAUCUGGUCAUCUGGAUAUAUAUUUACUAUUUUGUAACUGUUAUGAGUUGAAUAUUUAUUUAUAUGCGUGUGUUUUUAUUCUUCAAGCAAUGUAUUGAGUCGAAGCUCUAUUUUUGAUGAACUUGCAGAUCAAUCUCUCGUACUGAAUUAGAUCAAUCAUCUUAGCUUUCGACCACGGAAAUGAAGAACACAUGUAACCUCAUAGAUUCAAAGCUAGAAGAACAUCAUUAUCUCUGCGGAUCAAAGCAUUGUCCUGGAUGUGGCCGCAUGAUUCAAGCUGCUACAAAACCAAAUUGGUUUGGACUGCCGGCGGGAGUGAAAUUUGAUCCGACGGAUCAAGAACUUGUUGAGCAUUUAGAAGCAAAAGUGAAGGGAAAAGAAGAAAACAAUAAAUGGUUUCCGUCUCAUCCACUUAUAGAUGAGUUCAUCCCAACCAUUGAUGGAGAAGAUGGGAUCUGUUACACUCACCCACAGAAGCUUCCAGGGGUAACAAAAGAUGGUUUAAGCAAACACUUCUUCCACAAACCAUCAAGAGCUUACACAACCGGAACAAGAAAAAGACGCAAAAUAAUCCAAACGGAUCACGACUCCGAGUUAACCGGAUCACCAUCCGAAACGAGAUGGCACAAAACCGGCAAAACAAGACCGGUUAUGAUAAACGGACGACAAAGAGGGUGCAAGAAGAUACUAGUACUUUACACAAACUUCGGCAAGAAUCGACGACCAGAAAAAACAAACUGGGUGAUGCAUCAAUAUCAUCUAGGGAUUAACGAAGAAGAAAGAGAAGGAGAGCUUGUAGUCUCCAAGAUCUUUUAUCAGACACAACCUAGACAAUGUGUUGGUAAUAUUAAUUGGUCGGAACAUAAAGUUAGUUCCAAGGACUUGAUAGGAAUUGGUGCCGGAGACGAGAUAUGCGGCGUUGCUGCCGCCUUGCAGAGUCUUGGCUCCGGUGAUGUCGUUUCCAGGGUUAAUACGAAUCCCUUUACAAGAGCCUUCGGUGAGGGGACAGCCGAAGCUUCGAAGGGAAGAGAAAACCAGCGUGUGGCCGGCACGUGUGAGGAAGUACAUGAUGGGGUCAUAAGAUCAUCAUCAUCAACAUCAUAUCAUAUGAUCCAUGAUCAUAAUCAACAUCAUCAAAUCGGAGAAAUAAGAGAAUUUCACAUACCAUCUUCGUCAUCGUAUCAACAUGAAACGAUCUUCAAUAUCACAAGUAAUGCGCCAUUUCAGCAGCAGCAAUUAAGGGGUCGAUCAUGUGGUUCGGGAUUAGAAGACUUAAUCAUGGGUUGCACAUCUACUUGCACAGAAGAGGAAAAUUCAGAAGCAAUUCCACAGCAAAGUGCAGACUGGUUAACGUUUCCACCCUUCUGGAGCCAAACCGAGUCAGAUAGUCAGAAUCGGAGAUUUUAACCGAACCAAAAGGAAGCAGAGAAGUCUUGCAAACAAUGGCCAUAGCUGCUGGAAAUGCUGAGAGCUUAUAAUCUCUGCCAUUGAUUUAACUUACGGCAUCAGAGGUUUCUAGAGUUUGUAGCCUUUUAAAUUCCUCAACAACCUAUACCAAAUAUGACAAUCUUUCAGAAACAAACAGCCUAGACUUUGUAUUAAAGAAACACACAAGUAGAUCAUGUUUUUUUUUGUAAGCUU